AUGAGUAAAGAAGAUGGAAUAGAGGACUUUGAAGUCGCUCUGGUGCCUAUGCAACUAGAUGCCUUCGUCCUCAAUCCAGCUGUAUGCGGCACGGGCAGUGAUCAAGAUACCACUGCUCGCAUCUGUCCCAUCACUCAACCCAACUACACCUUCUUGAGACUGGACAGCUUCCUACUCCAAAGCGAUGUCCAGAAUCACGUCGCUCUGCACAACACCGCCCCAGCAUCUAUCAAUUCACGCUUGACCGACCUGGGCGGUCGUCCGGAGCCCAAACCGCUCCGCCAUCGUCAUGGCGUCUACGUGCACUGGACACUUCCGCGCUUCUACAGAUCGGGAGUCUCUUCAACAGGCUCUGUGCCAGAGUCUAGAAAGAGAUCAGAGAGAAUGCGACGGGGACUUGAUGCCGCAUCCACCACGGCUAGUGACGCUCCUCAUCAAACUCCGGACUUUCUGCAGCCGCCGACACGCUGGAUCGUCAUCAGAAAGCUUGAGUUGGAUAGUGUCCAGCCAUCCAGUGCAAAAGAUGCUUUCAAGGACCGUGAGUACGAAGCUUGGGUCGUUGAGAGCGACUAUGUCUGGUCCUUGGAAGAUAUCCCCGUCCAGGCCGACCUUCAAACUGAUGUAGCGCCUUUUGUGCUUGGACAUGCUGGCACUGACGUCAACAUCAACGAACAAGCUGAGGUGUUUAUUGGGCGCAAGACACCGCUUUCAGAGUGGACUGAGAAUCCAAACCCAGCUGUUGAGCCUCCAGACAUCAGUCUCCUUCGGAGUGGAAACCAGCUCUUUGCCGAUUUCCAGAUGCACAAUGCCAACGUCUUUAGCAUCUUGGAUAACUUCGAAUACGGUGAUAAAGAGGAUCCAUCAUAUCUUGACUACGCCAAAGCAAGCUACUACGUCCUCGGGUGGCACUGGAAGGACACCGUUGAUCCUCUCUGGAAAGCGGGGGCUGAGUUCACUCAUGGAGAGAACCUACAGUCACUUUUCAUGACCCUCCAAGGAACAGACCAAGCAAAUCCUGACCCAUGGAUGGAUCUCAAGAGUCAGAUCCGUAUCCUCUGCCAUGGCUGCAUGUAUAACGUAGCCUGGGACCAUGAGAACAAGCCCAAGACAGUCCCAGCGGAUGGUUUCAACGAUCGUCUGCGCGAUCAGAAACAAGCUGCUGUCGCGGUUGGAACAACUCCAAUGGAUGCACUGCUAGCGUAUUGUCACGCACGAGGCGAUGCUAGCGGCAAUUCAGAGGACGUCGCUAAACUAGAGGAAGAUAUUCUAGCUCUUGAAUCACUCCUACAGUCUCGUGAUGAUGGCGUCGAGGGUCAAAGAGAGGCCAGAGACUCAGUCUACAACUGGUCCUACGAUCGCUCACCAGGUGGAACGCGAUAUUUCUUCGCCGAGGCUGAUGACAAGAGCACAAACCAGCCCAAGGAACCUGAACCAGCCGCCAUCCAGAGGAUCAAUGAGUUGAACCUCACUCAGGCACUACUGGACUCCUGCAACAGAGCUAUACUGCAGUAUCGCUGGGACAUGUUUUCUCUCUGGUGGAAAUAUGCCAGCGAUCUAGGGCAGAGCGAUAAUCAAGGGAAUGACCAUAACGAAGCGUUCAAGGCUGAAGCUGGACGUAUUUCAACCCGUAUCAAUGGGCUCCAGACGCGUAUCACCAAUCUUGAAGGACAGGUCAGCAAUCUGCUAGGCAAUAGUCAGUUGGCCACAGUCGAGUCCACAAGUGAGCCUGUCUUUUACGGUGGAAAUGAUCCAACCGUGCUUAUUGGUGGUAUCCCAUCUGGCUGGGCGCUUGACUAUCUCGAUAAUCUGUCUAUUCGGGCGCCCUACCAGAUCAUUACAGGCGAUCAAGCUCUACCCAGUAAUCUCAGUACCAUCGCAGAUCUAGUUGAGGGCAAACUGCCGGCUGUUUUGACAGCUGCUACCAAAUCGCUCAUCACAGAGUUCCACGCCCUCCGACCUGGCGGCAAUGACUCCGGUACGCCUGCUGACGGCAAAUUCUACCCUCAGUUCCAUGACCAGUUGACUACCGACAAACGCUGGCGUGAUCAGUGGGGUGAUAGACAGCCCUGGUUUCCUCUCUACGCAGAGUGGGAGGUGGAAUACACCCACAUCCCAUUUGAAUUCUGGAGCUUGGAUGAACACAGCGCUCGCCACUCGGAGAACAAGCUUGUCAGAUAUGGCAUCACUGUUCCUUCUGAUAGCGAGACCCCUCCACCACUGUGGGACGCUCUCUCCAGUCAGCAGAAGCAGGACAUUCGUGUCUUGUCCGGCCGUGUCUUGAUCCUGCCUCAGCCCAGCUUUGCCUUGGGUGCCAAGAUCAAGCAGCUUUUCCAAAACACACCGCCCAGCAUCCUUGAUGAGUAUCUCCCAGAAGAAGAUCGAAAGAAUCUCCUCGACAACAUCAGUGAACUCUCGUAUCUUUCCUCGCCACUCUCCGGUUUUACCAGCGGCCUCGUCACCCAAGCAGAGGGCAGCCAUCUCAAGCCGGAAAAUAAAGUGGUUGGCCCAGACGGAGAGUCCAGCUCUGUCCUCACGGCCGCAACAUUUGACCCUGCUGGCCUGACACAGGACAAGCUCCAACUCAUCGAUGGUAACUCGGCCCUCACCCCGUACGCCGCGUUGGUCAACUUCACCGACAGUGAGCACUGCCCCUUCAAGCCCGUUACACACGGCCAGUUCCGGUUCCGCAAGUUCAACGUCAUCGACAAGUUCGGCCAGUCUCUCAUGGCCAUUGACCAGCGGCCACGAAGAGAUGGUCCCCCGCCUAUUUACCCCUGCAUAAGUAACUUUUAUGCUCCACAGGAGGUGACACUCGAUGGACAGAAGUAUGCCAACACGGUGAUUAAGGAUAAUCCUGAGCAGUCUGAGUUUCUGCAGCUACCCCCGCAGAUGAACCAGCCGGCACGUAUCAAUGCCAAGUUUGUCAGACGCAUUUCUGAUGACGCUACUGGCGCUUCGGGCCCUGCGUCGUGGCGCCCUGUCACGGAGUGGGAGACGCCGAUAUGGGGAUGGGUCAUUACCAAUUACGCCGACUACGGUAUACAGAUAUUCCUCCCCGACGGUACUUUCUACCGUGAGGUCCGUGUCGGUGGGCCGUUGGGUACUCUGCAGUCACCCAAGUGGCUGCCCUUCAGCCCUGAACCUGAUGCACAGCCCACGCCUGAUACGCGCGAGCUUGAUAUUCUCAUCUCCAAGCUUGCCGACCCCAAAUACCUUCUUGGGUUCUGGGGUAUGAUCACGACGGCGCAGCAGAAACUGCCUCCAGCUCCUGAUUCCUACGCGCAGUUCCUCAACUCUAUCGUAGGCAAACCACUUGCGCUUGUCAAUACGGGAUGGUCGGUCGAGCUAAGCGGACCACCUCUUGAUAUUCAAAGUACCCAAGUCAAGGUGGUUGAUCCCGAGCGCACAUUGCUGAAGCCAUCGGAUCCUGACGACAAGACUCCGUACUAUGAGCUUCAGUUGCGUCUCGGUAACGAAGAGGCUGGCUACGAUGGACUUGUCGGUUACUUUGACACCACGGAUCCUGGGUCUGAUGAGUUGAACUACGACAAGAUCAAGACCUUCUUUGUUCCAGAUGGGAACUCCACUGAACCAUUGAUCCGUCUUGACACAGAGCAGUAUCCUAUCUUCAGCCCCUUCUGGCAGCCCCCAUUCUCUGACUCCUCCCCCACCAUUGAGUCCCAAGGCUACGAGAAUCAACGCAACGCCCAGAUGUCAAUUUUCGGUGCCAUCCUAGAUCCCUUCACACCCAUCCAUGCAUAUUCUUCCUUCCUUCCAGCAGCAGAGCUCCUCCUCCCACCAUGGACGUGGCAAAAAGCCAUGGACACCAUGACAGCCUUCUUCCAUGCAGGACCCUUGACUAUGCCCGUCAACGACGUCCCUGGGUAUCUCGAAGCAGAGAAACUAACGACCAAGAACGCUCGAGACAUGCCAAAGCGCAAUUUACUGUUGCCUUCUCUAGGGGGAGGGGAUUGGAGUUGGUUUCAGCCUUAUGCUGAGGGACAGGCUACGGCUGGAGAUGAGGAUCCGGGCGCUGUGUUUAAUGCGUUUGGUAUUGAGAAGAAGGGUGAUUUGAUAAAGCCUGGCUUUCAGGAUGGACCGUACGCUGCUGUCGAGGGAUUCUUGCAGCUGAGAAAUCCAAUCGUGGCUCCGAGCAAUCCUCAGAAUGCAUGA